UGUGUGCCGGUGCGUAUCUGCGCGCCUCUAACCUCUGUCACUCGGGUCACACAGUUGCGUGUGGAUCCAGCCGGUCCCCGCGCCGGCGGGGGUCGCGUUCCCUAGCGUGGCCGGUACCCGCGCAGGUCCCGAGAAGAGCGUGAACCGAAAAGAAAUGAAUGUCAGAGAGGAUUUGUUUAAUCAUUUAACAGCUGACACAAGCCAUGUCCCUAACAAAACGUUGGUGAAAGAAUAGAAGAUUUCUGGGAUACAGCAGCUCUGGUACCGGGAAGCCGCUUCAGCGGGUCGGGAGCAGCAUUCGCUGAAGGAUGCGGUAGCCCAGGAGCCGGGACUCACCGGGACGAGGUCGAUGGCUUGCAUGGAGCUUCUCUACCUGGCCAAGGAGAGCAGGCAGGCGCCCCUGGGCACCGCUGCCGGCUGGAGCCUGCCCUCCCCUCCCUACGAGCAGCAGCAGCGUGAGGGGGGUGAGGUGGACCCCAGAGCAGCCGCUGCUGUGGCAGCCCUGCGCUGCGAAAGGCACUGCAAGCCCUUGCAGAGGAGCCCUGUGGCUGAGCCCCCCCUGGCACCCCAACCCUCCCCGCCAGGCACCUCACCCCAGGAGCACCCUGCACCCCCCGGCACCUCCCAGCCCUACCACCUGCCCGAGCGCUUGCCCGGGGAAGAGGAGGGCGGGAAGAAGAAAGCUUGCUGCUGUGCCCAGGAACUCGAGACAUCAUUCACCUACGUGGAUGAAAAUGUAAACCUGGAGCAUGCAGGAAGCCCCCCCAGUCCUACAGGCAGCCGCUGCCAGGGAGCCCCUCCACAGCAGCGUUCCUGCAGGGAGCUGCCGCCCGAGUGGGUGCACAAUUCUCCCUCGCUGGCCUCCGAGGAGGACGACGCUGCCUCGGAGGCAGCAGCUGGGAAAUCUGUGGACUACGGGUUCAUUAGUGCCAUUUUGUUCCUGGUGAGCGGCAUUUUGCUGGUGAUCAUUUCCUACGUGGUACCCAGAGACGUGACUGUGGAUCCCAACACCGUGGCUGCCCGGGAGAUGGAGAGGCUGGAGAACGAGAGCGCCAGGAUCGGGGCUCACUUGGACCGCUGCGUUAUCGCUGGGCUGUGUCUCUUAACCCUGGGGGGAGUGGUGCUCUCCAGCCUGCUGAUGAUGUCCAUGUGGAAAGGGGAGCUGUACCGAAGGAGCAGGUUUGCGUCCUCCAAGGAGUCUGCAAAGCUUUAUGGGUCUUUCAAUUUCAGGAUGAAGUCUGGUGCAAACGAUAAUAUGCUCGAGCUGUCGUUAGUUGAGGAAGAUGUGCUUGCCAUAGAUAAUUAGUGUGGUCAUGAUUUUUAAGGCAGCAUUUCUACAGGAAAAUAUGUUUCAUUAAAGAAAACAGAUGCGGCUAAAGAUAGCUGGUGAUGCAGUUUAUUUGUCUGACAAGAAUGGUUUUUUCUUAAGCUCUAUAAUCGAAUAUUUGCAGUAUAUGAGCACUUGUAAAGGGAAAAUGUUCCAGUGAAAACACAACUGAUAUAAAACAAUGAAAACCACUGAAUAAAAAGAGAUUUGUGAUAA